UAUAGACUAUAAGUAGUAAAAAAAUUCAAAAUUCAAUUCAAUUGUCAGUCAAAACAAUCGAUUAAAUUAUUGACUCAUUGUUUACAUCAAUGACUUUGUGAUCACCAGUCAAGCCAUUGAUUGUCACUCAAACACAUCCAAUGAUGAGUAAAUCAAAAGAUUCAAUGCAGUCAUUAGUGAAGAACUAUUUAGAGAAGACAUGUCGUCCGUUCAGUGCUAACGAUGUCUUUAAUAAUCUGAAUACCAAAGACAGCAAAUUGAGUAAAACGGCGGUCACUAAGGCUUUGGAGGAAUUGGCCGAAAAACAUGACAUCAUUGAGAAAGUCAAUGGAAAACAAAAGAUCUAUUUUGCCAUUCAAUAUGAUGAAGACAUUGGUGAUCACCAAAUGAAACAAUUGGAAGUGGAGUUGAAUGAGUUGGACAACGAAUACAAUAACCUGAAGACUCAAAUCAAACCUAAAGAGUCGAAACUUGCGGUCUUCAAGAACUCUAUUGGUUUUGAACAAAUCAGUCAACAAAUAUCAGAUGUCAUGACAGACAUUAACGAUAUGGAGAAACGAUUGCAAGUCAUAAAAAAAGAUGUUAAAGAUAUCGAUCCAAAAGUCAAUCAAAAUCUUAAAGACGAGCGACAAAAAUUGGUCACUGAAUGGAAACGACGUAAACGAAUGGCCACUAAUAUCAUUGAUAUUGUUCUCGACUCGUAUCCUAAGUCUAAGAAAAUACUUAUUGAAGAGAUUGGUAUCGAAACCGAUGAAGAAGUCAAGGCAUCCGUCUCUCAUCUCUAA